ACGAUAAAUAAAAUUAUAAAACAAAAAGAAGAAGCAGAAAAGAAGAAGAAACUGGAUUGGAAUCGGACACACUUCGACCGCAAAAUCGCAAAUCUCUAGGAAACCCUAUUCGUGCCGCAUUCCGCCACGCCCUCUGCCAAGACCCGCCGCGAGGAGAAGAAAGUAAGAAACCAAUGACAAUGGCAACACGAGUGGCAGCAAGAUAUGCAUCUAGAAGGCUAUUUAGCAGUGGCACUGGGAAAGUUCUCGGUGAAGAGGAAAAAGCUGCGGAAAAUGCUUACUUCAAGAAAGCUGAGCAAGAGAAGUUGGAGAAGCUUGCUCGCAAGGGCCCUCAACCAGAAGCAGCUACAGGCUCAGGUGGUUCAGUAACUGAUGCCAAACCAAGUGGCUCCACACAUGCCGAAACAUCAGCUAGCAAAGUUUCAUCUGACAAAUACCGGAAUUAUGCAGUUGUAGCUGGUACUGUAACAAUUCUUGGGGCUUUAGGGUGGUACAUUAAAGGCACUGCAAAGAAGCCAGAAGUGCAGGAGGAUUGAAGAUUUCAGUCGCAGUAGUUGUUUUUUAUUUCGUUUUGGUUGCAGCAGUUGCAUAAAAAUAAAUAAAUAACUACACACCACUAUGCUUUUAUCCAUCAUACUGGUAGCAUGGAUAAUUUCUUGUUGGUUUACAUUGUUUUACAUGUGACCUAUAUAUUUGAAUGCCACUUAGCAUGACGAGCAUCAAAAUUUAUUUUCACAAGCUUAUCUAAUGUCACAUGAUUGAUCAAAA